AUGAAUCGCGAGAAGCGUAUCAACCCGGUUAGCCCAUUAUCUGCGGCGUCGCCUCGUCAUCGGAUCCCGAAAAAGAUGGUGGCCGAUGCAAACCUUGAUGAAACGUCGUUAGAUCAGACGCUGCAGCCAUUUUCUGACACCGUGCUUGAUACCACGGAAGAUCUGGAUUGCUCAACCUCAACUAUACAAGAACAAUUCUCAAAUGUGACUCUUUCAAAUGUGACCCUGUCGAUUGAUCCGGAAAUUUACAAGCCGGAUAUCAAUCUCGAUGACACGGCUCUCGAGCAAACAUUUUCAAUGGUUGGGACGGAGAACAAGCUCACCCUGGAGUCGUUGAUUGAAGAAGCUGAUGAAGAAAGUGGGGAAGAAGAUGGAAGCGAAGAAGAUGAUAACGAAGAAGAAAUGAACCAAACCCUCGUCGAUUCAACCCUUGACGAUGCUGCUGCCCAUGUCGAAGAAGCUGUACAAUUUGUCGGACUCAGCACGGUAGAUGAAGAAUCAAAUGACGCAGCAUCGGAAAAAUCCCCGACUCGCGCACUUCCGCUCGAGCCUUUGCCACCGAUCGACGAGCCAGAAUUGUCGUUUACGCGUCAUGAUGAUUCAUUCGGACUCUACGACAUUCCCACUAAUUAUGAGGAGUUCAAAAACCUGAAGGACGGCGACGAUCCUGCCCGACAACGCGAAGACGUCGCUUGGUUCCAGGAAACCCUGGCGAACAAGACAUUUGAAGAGGCUGAAGAGGCUGAAGAGACUAAUGAUAUGCCAGCGGCAGAUAAUUCAAAUACAGGCUCACGAGGCAAAUAUGAAGACUUCGACGAAUCAAUGAUUUCUUUCCUUCAACAUGAGACUCGAGCUGCUGAAGCGGUUUGUAACGAACAACAGCAGGUCGUUGCCCAACUUCAACAAGAAUUAGCGGUCAAGCAGCAACUCAUCGAACAGAUUCGUGAAGAAACUGAACUUCUUCGCCAGGGCGUCGUGGAAAGUGAUUCGAUGUUCAAAAGCGAGCUGAAGAAAGUCAGCGAGGCACACAAAAUUGAGCUGAAUGAGCAACGAAACGAGCUUAUGGAACUGCAAAUGUUUUUGGAAGAUGCACAGAAGAAGCACCGUGCAGAGUCGGAAAUCUGGGAAAGCAACGCCGCGGAGAAGGCUGCGGAGUACGAGAAGCUCACUAAUGUAUACCGGGAAAGUCUGACUGACUUGGUCGAUGCCAAGGAAACCAUCAGAAAGCUUGAAGACCACAUCCUAGAGCUUGAAAAGAAAGCUACUGAAGAAGUCCUAGGCGAGAGUCUUGCCCUUAUUGAGAAACAAGCUGAACUCGAGUUGCGCAUCAAAGAACUUGAGCUCAAUGAAGGCGAGACGUCGAAGAAACUCGAGAAAUACGACGAGAAUCUCAUGGAGUGCAACAGGAAGCUUGAAGAAUCCAAAGCAAAGAUUGAGGCCUUUGAACAACAAGUCGUCGAACUCGAAAAGUACAAUCUUGAUCUUGUUCAAGAACGUGAUGCCCUCCAGGAAAAGAUUGCCGCUGCCCAAGCUGUUCCUGAAGAGGCGUUGCUGGAAUAUCAACAAGACUUGGAAUCCCUACGUUCUGAAAUGGCGAAGAAAUCUGCCGACGCGGAAAAGCUGCAGCAAGAAUAUGACGACAUUCUCGUCAAGUGGAAUGCUGCAACUGCUACGAUCAACAAUCUAGAAGAUCGUCUGACCGUUGAAGUUAAUGUAAAACAAGGACUUUUGGAUGAAAAGAAGGUUCUAGAAGAGGAGUGUUCGACUUUCCGCAAGUUGCUCGAGGAGGCCGAGACGAAACAACAGGAGGAGAUCGUUUUGCUGCGAGCCGAAAUCGCACAAAAGACAGAAGAGGCUGAUGCCUUACGGCGCGAGCACCAGACAAAGCUAGCCGGAGUGGAGGCAACUGUGGAGGAAUUGGAAACCCGUCUCCGCGCUGAUGACAACACGAAUAAGGGUCUUCUCGACGAGAAAAUGCAAUUAGAAAAUGAGGUAUCGGAGGCCCGACGACUCCUCGAAGAGAGCCAACAGAAGUCUCAGCAAGAAAUCGCUGUCCUCGAGCAGCGCAUUGCCGGAAACACUGACGAACUGAGAGCUGAAAUUGAUGCGCUUGCAAAGCAGCUCGACGAUGCCAGAUCUGGACUUGAAGGAAUGACCAGGCGUGCUGAUGAUCUGGCCAAAACCAACGACGAGCUCACUGAAGGCAAGCGCCAAUCGCAAGAGGAGGUCGACGAAUGCCAACGAGAAAUGGCCGCCUUGGAAGAAAAACUCUCGACUCUAUCGUCUCAACUGGCUGAGAAGUCGUCGGCGAUGGACCUGUUGAAGGCUGAACAUGAAAGGACAACUGCCGAAAAACAAACCAUGUCCGAAGCCAUUGCCGACCAAGUCAAGCAGCUUCAAGAACAAACUGCUUUGCUUGACGAUCAGAAGAGCCUUUGCGCGGAUUACGAACAGCGUCUCGCAGAAGCUGAAGCCCGCGACAAAGAGAGCCUGCAUCGCGCCGAAGAGGAGAUUGAGAAGUUGAACAUUCUCGUGCUGCAAUUGAACAAGGACAAGGAUCUUCUGGUGGAUGAUAAUAAGACAAUGACUGGCACGCUUGACAACAUUCGAGCCAAGCUUGAAACAACCACCGAAAAACUCCAUAUGACGGAAGAGCGACUGACGUCCAGCGAAAUUCAAUUGAUGGAUUCCGAGACCCAAUUUGCCCGCACCCAAGCAGCCCUUGAGGAUGAGGUAGAGGAGCAAAAAAGGGUGGCCCAGUCCUUGAAAGCCGAAAUGGCUUCUAAGGCCGAGGAGACCGAGCAGCUGCUUGUACAAAACGCAGAUGUCGUUGAGAAACUGAAGGAAGCUGAGGCGAAGAUGCAAAAUAUGCAGACAAGGUUGGAAGAACAACUUCAGGAGAUCCGGAGUCUCCAAGAGGAAAAGAACGGCUUCAACGAAGAAAUCGAACGUUUGGGAAAGCAGCUGGAUGAAGUUGAUGAUCUUGAGGCUGACUACUUAAAGCAGAUCUCCGACCUGCGCAACCAACUUUAUAAGCCGAAAAAUGAAGCCGGUCCGGGUCUGUUGUCUGUAUUGAAAGGUGGUGUUGAGGCUCUCUCGCCAGAUUCGAUUCACGAGGAUCACGGCAAAGAAAAUAGAGCCACAACUCCUUGCACGUCAAAGAUUGAGUCACCCGGUGUUUUGCAUACACCCACCACGGAUCGAACAAUGGGAGUGGAAUUGGAAGCUACGAAGCUCGCAACCCCGGCGCGACAAAGUGAGAAACGUCAAAAGCGCGGCACGCCAAAUCGCAGUUGCGCGCAACAA